UAAUUGGCCGUCAGAUUUGGUCAUAGCCUUCUGUGUGUAAAUGUGUGUAAAUGAGUAGUGCUAGAUUUUCAUAACUUGCGUGCUAGACUUCUGCUAUUUCUUUGUGAUUGAUUCGUUGGGAUUUCAAAUUGCCCUUCAAAUGGAACCAUUUUUUGUUUAAUCAGUUUGAAAUUGAGGGCGUCUGCGUUAUCAUAGCCAACAAUUUUGUAGGAAAGACAUAGAAUUGCUUUCCAUUGUGUGCCAUUCAAAAUCGCUCUAAACCUUUAGUGUCAUUUUAUGAAAAAUGCGAGCAAUUCUUCCUACGUUUUUUUUUGCUAUGGGUAGAAUCCGCGUUGAAAAUGGAGUGCGCUUCAUCUGCAAAUUAGCCUAAGAUGAUGACGAAAAAGGUCGACAAAAAAAUUUUCUUUCAAUCUUCAAAGAAAACGAGCGGAUAUUCAAUUGAACCCUCAGAAUUGUAGAUUUACAUUUUACAAAGGAUAAAACAAGAAAGAAUUAGCCUUUUACCAUCUGAAUUAGUUCAAAAUAUUUUGCUACCACAAAGUCAUUUCACUUAAGGUAUUUCAGUAUUCAGUAAAUAUAAACAACAGAUAAAAUAAAAACAAUCAGAAAGAAUAGCAACAAAGUGUCAUUAUAUAGUUAAAAUGCCACUCGUGGUUACUUGUCUGAACUUGUGGACCAUUUCACUCUGAAUUAUACCAAACUCACUUCGUUUUUCUCAUUCUCAACUAAGUGAACGCCAUUUCACGCUGAAUAAUUCCAAACUCACUUCAUUUUUAUUAUUCUCAACUAACUGAACCACCGGUGAAGCAUAGGUCAUUUUUAGACUGACUAAUUAUUUUCUAAACCGCGUCUCAUUUGUGUUCUUAAUUGGAUUGACUGAGCGGUUUGGGAAACAUUUUGAGCUGACCCUCUAAUUUGAGGAAACUAAAACAGAAGCUAUCGUAGCCCAAUUUGCCUGCUGAAUCCAAAAUACAUACUAUUUUCUCCGCUUUCUACAUAACGAUCGACUAGCAACCACAAGGUAAAGAAGAGUUAACUGUGAGUACAGAAUGGGUCGGCCAAGCGAAGGACCGACAUCGUCACCGGGCAAGAACUCGGAUUCGGUGGGUAGCAAUGCAAGUUGUUUCUUGUGUGAACAACCAAUCCAGAACAAGCUCUACGUCCAAGAGAUCCCAGGAGUUGAAGUGGUGAAGAAUAAGUUCGUAUGUUCCGUCCACUUGGAUCUCUGCACUGCCUGCUGGGGUCCACAUCAAAGUGUUUUCGGAGGUUCAUCGUGGAUUCACAGAUCAGGAAAGAGUGCAUCGGAUAAGAAAGGAGCUGAUCAUUACUGGGCUGCGAAGGCGUUCAAAAGAGGCGUUCCCAAUGCCGCGCCCUACUUCUUCUUCAAAGGUCUCGUGGGAGUUGACGACGAGAUUGUGCGAAACAAGAUCCGAAAAGACGAGACACCUUAUUUCGAAUGUUGCCAUCCGCAGUGCUUCUGCAUGAAGUGCCAUAAACCGAAGAUAGUCUCCCGAUUCAUCGACAAUGACCUGAUCGAUCUAUACUGCGUAUGUCAAAGUAGCGCUGCUCCAAUGAGGGAUCCAGAGAUCGAGGAAAUUCAUCCGAACUGGGAGACUUACGGGACCUUGGGAUCCUCGACUCACGAAGAAGGACCGUUUGCUUUGCCUUACAUUUUCUUUGAAUUCAUGUAUGUUUCGCUCUGUGAUUUGUCUCGUAAAAGGACAAAAGGUUUCAAAAUGUCGCCAAAUGAUGCAUUUCUGGACGAGACAUGGGAGCGAUAUCUGACGGAGCCGAGACUGAAAAAUGAGAAACCAGCGGUGUCCAAGAGCAACAUCAGCUUCUCGGUCCAGGACUGCAAGUUCUUCUUGGGUCUCUCCAUGGACAAAAAGGGAACCGAUAACUUAGACGUGCUGUUCCAUUACAUCCACAUGCUGUUCAGGUCUGCAGACGGGAGCCUAAAGGAGGUUUUGGAAGCUGUGGAUAAUCUGCCAGAAGAUAAACGCACUGGAGCGGAGCUGUUCAACCUUGUGAGGGAAAAAAGAUUCAGGAUUCCGCUGAUGUCGGUUGUGUUGUGGCACAUAAUGAAGAACAAACCGUGGGGAGACGUGGUGACAGGGAACAAGUUCUCAGAUAUCGUAAAUGAGUCAUUCCUGGAAUAUAAGAAUACAGUCAGAAAGGAGUCGGAAGGCCAAAAGUACGGCGUGAAAGAGCUGAGUUAUCUCUACAGAACUUCACCUCAGAUCAUUAUCCAAAACGAUCUGGGCUUAAAUGUUUUCGGGCGUGGUCUGAAAUUUUUCCCGAAUGCAGAUCAGAAAAAGAUGCUGGAUGAUUUCAAGUCUGAUGACAAGCCUAUUCUGGAAAGCGCGAAGACCAUUAAUCAUAAUGUCGUCGAGGAGCUGACAUCAACGCCGACUACUACAGAGGCACCGGGAGAAGUUAAGUUGUUUAGAAAAGAGAACAGACAAUUGGCAACUAAGGAUACAGUGUCGCCUGCGCAUUACAAAAACCUGUUCGAUUAUGUUCGGUCAUUUGAAAGGUCUCUUGUCCAGGAGAAUUCGGAUCCGAAGUUCGAAGACGUGGAUUAUAAUAGUAAAGAAGCACUGCUAUUAGUGAGCUGCGAUGAACUGAAAAGUGAACAGUUUGGUGUCAAUGCGGGCGUCAUAGUCGGCAAUGACCUUCUUAGAGCAGCUUUGGGAACCGACGGUGAACCCGAAAUAUUUCAACAGAAGUUCGCUUUGAAAUUGGCCAACGCCGUCAGCUUGAAAAAUUCGCACGAUAGUUUUCCAUCGUUGGAUGAAGAUGAUUUUGAGAAACUUAGACUAGGAGUGUUUGCAAAGGGAGCUGUCAGUUCUCUGGCGACAACAGCGAGUCCUUUGUUCAAGUCUAAAUUUCAGAAUUACAUUAAUGCUCUGCGAGCCUCGAAACGAGAGAACGGAAGCCCUGAAUCUUUGCAGGCCUUAGACAAAGCUAUCAAUGAUUUGAUCCAACAAGUCGCAGGCGACGCUGCAAAGCUAUUUGUCUCGAAAGAGGGCAAAGUCGGAAUGUUGCUCUUGACCGGACGAGCUAUGAAGAAGAAGCGAGAGGCUGAAAAUACUCCAGCAAGUGUGAAUGAUUGGAUAGAAGCUUCUGAUUUUGGCUAUGAUCCAGAAAAUAUAGACGGAAAGACUUAUGAUGCAAUUAUGAGAGCUCUGGAAACUGACAAGUCGCUAGCAUGGAUGAUUGCAAAUCCUACCUUUGAGUCUUACCUCGAAACUGUUUUGGAGAAUCCGACGUUUGCUAACUCGAGUGAUCAAAUUGACGAUAUUGAUGAUCUUAUUGCGAAGAGUAAUGCACUGUUCGACGAUGCUGCGAAUCCGGAUGGAGACAAAAAGUUCGACGAUAUGAUUAAGAAAAGAAACGAAGCGGCUAUGAAGAUAACUCCUCCUUUGAAAACAUCGGAGCCAGUUAUUGAGGACCUAUGCGAUCGUCUCAUCAAUGAUCAAUUAUCAAAUCAGAUUCCAGACUCAUCGUUGCUCAAUUCGCUGUCGGCGAUUGACCCCGAAAGUGUAUACAAUAAUCCAGGUCUACUGAAGAUUAUAACAGAGUCUGAAAUGGGAGUGAAAUCAAGCGACAGUAAUAUUUCAAACAUCGAGAAAAUGAAGAAGCAACUGGCAAAAGGUGCUACUGAAACUUCGAAACCGGAAAAGAGGUCAAAAGAUGUCAUCGAUGAUAUAUGCAGAAACAACCCAGACUUGGCUAAAUGUUUGCGAUUCCUGGACCAGGAUCUUAUUGAAGAAGCGGCUGAGGCGCCCAACUAUCAAGCGUUCGUGGAUAAAAAUAAUGACAGGAUAUCGCAGCUGACCCCACUGGAAAAGGCAGUGUUUGCACAUGAUACUAUUCUGAACAACAAAAACGUGGACCCUGUUCGUCGUGAAGCGCUUUGCAAAGAGCUGCUUGAUGAGCUUUCGGAAGAAGAAAAAGCUAUUUUGACCCACAAUGAUUCGUCCAAAUUUACAGACCUGUUCCCGAAGCAUGAAACGUUUGACCAUACUCAUGUAACAGAUGAUAACAUUACGUUGAGCGAAUGCGCGGAUGCUUCCAUCCAAAAUUGCUUCGCUGCCAAUCCGGAACAAUCGGUGUUCAAGUUGGCCCAAAUGUUGCCAGCUAUCAUAGAGAAGCGCUUCGAAGAUUUGAGAGAUUUUGCGCGAGACAAUAAUGUUGGCGAUGAAAACUUCGGUGAUCUGGGAUUGACCGACAGCGAACUAAACUCAGCUGUGAGACGGGCGUUAGAAGCACUCUACAACAGAUCAUUGGCUGAAAAAGGACCAGAUGACCAAGAAGUGUGUGCUAUUGGUUAUCUUUUGGAAAAAGCGAAACAGAAAGAACUGGCUCAUAAGAGAGACUACCCUACGUGUCCGCACUGUGGAACUUGGAAAGUUUCCAAAAGUUGCAUGGCUACAAUUGGCGACGAAUUGAUGAUGCGGUGCCUGGAAGCAGCGCCUCAAUGUGUGGUCUGCAAUGAUUCUUUGGCUCCACUGUGUUUGACCAGGUUCAGGAUCUCUUCUACAGAAGAUGAACAGUUGCCCUGUUGCCCAAUGAAUCACAGCGAGGAUUACUUCAUGAAAAAAGCGACAGAUGUGGUGAAGUUGAUGUUGACAGAUGUCACAGAAGAAGGAAGCGCAGUUUCCUUUGUAUGCGAAGGUGUAGAGAACUUCGAAUUCUGGCGAAAAGUGCAACAGGAGUUGGAUCAAUCUUCACAUAUGACUGUGGCAGAUAGUGUAGAAAGUACUGGGAAGCAGGCUUGUAAGCUGAUUUGGAAGAAUGAACAAACACCUGAAAACGCUCCCGAAGAACUGAUGAUGUUGACGUCACUCUUUGAGACUGUGGAAGCGUGUGCGCAAGGUUCUAUUUCACUAGGCGGCGUUGCCUUCAGGAUUUUAUCCAGGAAUCGAGCGAGGGAAGUGUUGGAUUUAACUGUUUUGGCCUUGUUGACAGUCGCAGAGCUGGGAACCAUGUUUGAUGAUUUCCAGAUUUUGGUGCACACUUUCGAGCCGGUGGCGUAAUGGAUUCCAAACUGUAUUUGACUAGUGAUUGACUCCGUUCUUUAGAUUAAUUCGGGAUUCUAUCUUGUUGAUUCUGCUUGUCCUAAUUUCCAUUAGUUGUAAAUUUCAAUUCCUGUUUAUGAUGCCUGUAACACAAUUGUCUGUCUAUUACGCUUUCCAACGCAGAUUAUUUCACUUUUUUCUACUACGCUCUAAAAUGCUAGUAUUGAAACAUUGAUUAGUAGUAUUUUGAAGAUGAACUCGGAAGAUAUUGUUUAUGGUGUUUUGGUGAAAGUUGACUAAUUUUAUAAUUUUGUAAAUUAACAAUCGAUAUGGCUGUCAGCAAAUUUAAUUCAAAUUUUUGUCCUGG